GAAAUGUCUGAGUGUGACACUCUUAGCAAGACACUUACCAUCUCUGCUGUUAAUGUCUCAUUAAGAAGUUUAUUUAAAAUGAGUGAAGUCCUGCAAUACAAAGUACAUCCAGAGGAUCCAUCAAAGACUAUACUGCAUCAGCAUACUGUAAUGAGUGUUCAUGGUGUUCCAUUGCUAGGAGGAUUAUUAGAAACUAUGAUACUCAAUUCUUAUGAGUCUGUUAUAUCAAAGGGAAGAUUGGCGGUAGAAGACAAAGCAAAACAGAUAAAAAAUGAACUGUAA